CAGGUGUCCGUGUUAUUAAUGUCUUGAGGAGCUUCAAAAUAUUUUGUCAUCUUUAAUAGAUCACUAAUGUUGCCUACCAGUUGCUGAUUGACUUCAUCGGUGGAUGUAAACUCAAGUGAUCUCGGAUCAAAUCACAAUGUCUGGUGGAGAAGAUGAUCGCACAGGAAAUUCCGAGUCUGACAUCAUGGCAGAACCCGGAGCUGGGUUUGAUGCUAAAGGCUUUGGGCUGAGGGCCCAGAAGAAGCUUUUAGGAAAGAUGUCUAGCAAAAAGAUUGUCAAACAAUUUGUUGAUGAUACUACAAGUCAAGUUUUAGACAAUGCUUAUAGGAUAAUGAAAGACUUUACUGGUGACAAGAAACAAGCAGAAAAGUUGCUAAAGUACAUCAUUAAAACCAUCAUCAAGGUCGGCAUCCUCUACAGAAAUGAUCAGUUCAAUGCUGAUGAACUGCAGGUUGCAGAAUCCUUCAAAAGCAAGUUUCACUCUCUUUCCAUGACUGUUGUUAGCUUUCAUGAAGUGGAUUUUACCUAUGAGAAACCAUUCCUGAAAUCCAGCAUUGAAGAAUGCCGACAACUUCUACAAAGUCUCAUACAACGACACCUCACGGACAAAUCUAAAGGUCGUGUGGAUACAGUGUUUAACUUCUUCACAAAAGACGAAUUAAUGGAUGCUUUGUUUAAUCCCUCAGGGCCUCAUAAGAAGGAGAUGGACUCAAUAACUGCUGAUAUGCAUAAGAUGAUGGAUGAGGGGAAUCUUUAACCAUUUGUUUUUCUUAGAGAAUCAGCUGUGUGUUUGAAUGAUACUGUGCAGCAAUUAUAAAUGCAAUCUAAUAAAUCCUUUAUAUGUAAUCAUGUAAGGAAAGGUAUAUUAUACAUAUAUGAUUUGAGAAAAUAGUUUUACAGUAUUACAUUAAUCCAUAUGUUCAAUUUAUUACCAGACAUUUUAUUGGACAGAUGUGUUAAAUAAUCAUUGUUUUGGUUGCAAUAUAUUCUGUUUUCUGUAAAGAGAUUUGUUCAUAAAAUAUGAAUGCCUAUAUGCAUAUGAGUUGAAAUAUAUGUACUACACUUCUGAAUCCUCAUAUUUACUUGUUAUAUAAGUCAAAUUUUAUAGCAAUGAUUUAAAAACAUUUUUUCACAAUACUUUGGGAGGAUAUUUUCAAUAGAAUAAAUCAUAUGAUGAUGAAGACAAGAAUCUCUUACUUGCUCAAUUUUCUAAAAAUUCAUCAAUGCAAAGAAGUACUUAUGUUUGAUAAACAUUUCUGGAAAAUCUGUGUUUAAUGUUAUUUGCAAGCAGAAUUGAAUUUUCAUUGGUCAUAUAGUUCAGUGUACUACAAGAAAACCACUCUAAAAACAAGAGAGAUUCCAUCUAAGUGAUAAAUUUCUAAGAUUGGUUCAUCUAUUAUCUUGAAUUUACAGCAUUUAUAUUGUCAAACCAAUUGUAUCAAUAUUUACUGUCAAUAUGAGUGUAAAAACCUGUUAAUCAUAGUUUGUUGGAUGUUUUUAAAAACGUGACUCAAGUUUAUUGAACCAUUUUAAAUCUCUUUUGGGAAAUAUUUUGUUUUGUGCAUAGAAGUCCUAUGAAAAAAAUAUCAUAUUUUCCCUAUUAAGCACCUGUGUCCCUAUAAGCACCCCAUGAGGUAUAUUCUGAAUGUCAGAGAAUAAGGGCCUCCUUUUAUUACUUGAUCAGAUUGUCCAAAUCCAGGAGACGUAUCUUUAAAACCAAUAGAAAAUUAUAAAGCCGGAUGAAAUUGGCUAUGUCAUCGGUUCGUAGGAAAGGUGGAAGUCAGAUUGACAUAAUCUGGAACAUUUUGUCAGAAACUUUUUAAUAGGGCUAGAGUGCAAAAAAUUUCACAGAAAAGGUGGCAUUAUGAAUAACAAAUAACUGCCCCCUUGUACAAAUUUUGACACUUAACAGGGAAAAUAUGGUAAGUUAAGCAUAGCCAUAUAUCAUAAUUUCAAAUAUUGAUGUACUGAUUUUCCAUAAAGAUGCGUCCUAUGCAUAUUUAUAGCUGUAUCAAAUAGUGAGUUUUUGAAAUUACUCUUAAUUUUAAUUAAAAUUGCUGUGUAUUGCUUGCUUUCAAGACUCUUAGAACAUUGUAGUCUAAGUAUGCAUUCUGUUGCACAUUUGAUUUCAAAGCUUUAGAAUUAUGAGAGCGAGAGUUCAUUUGGUCUACAUUCCAUUAAUUUUUGUUCCAUGCAUGUUAGGGUAGAUGUCUCUCAAGUAUCACAGUGAGUUGUGUUCAUUAUAGCAUACAAUGUAUGAUAUGGUGCCGUACUUGUCAAAUUUAGUGCUUUUUGAAUGUUAUCCAUUAACAAAUUUUUUAUAUUAACUUUCAAAACACAUUGAUAAUCUAUUAAUCUCUAUGAUCUAUAAGUUUUACAGGGUACAACUCCUUCAAAAAAUUUUUUCUAUGUACAAUAUUUUUUCUGUCAUGUCUGUUAUGUAAAUAACAUAAGUAAUUAUCUUUAUUAUAUGAAGAUGUGAGGUAACUUAAUUGCCACUCAAAUGUUGAAAAAAGUUAUUAACUUUAACACUUGUUAGAACUGUCUUCCAACUGAUUUUGAUCAUAAUAAAGAUGAUACAAGAAAACCCAUGCAAAAAGAAACAUAACAGCCCAUUGUAGAAAGGAGGAAGCUUCUUGCAUCUGUGUUUAGUGUGAUGAAUAUUUUUGUAAUUGUCUAUUUUUACAUUAAUAUGACUAGUCAUAUGGGCAUGUUUUUGCUCUAUAUUUGUUAUCUAGUUGACAUUGUUUAUAGAGGAAGAAUUAUAUUUCUACAAAUUCUUUCAGUGGCCAACAUUCAGUAUAAAGCUGUGAGUGUGAUAAACAUUGAGAAUAGGGAAGACAUGCUAUAGAAAAGAGAUUAUUAAUUAACACAACCUUUUUUUUUUAUCUGUUUAAAAUAUUUAUUAUUUUAUUCUGAAUGCCUGUAGAAAUGCAAUGUAAUAAGAAUUAAAAUUUUGAUUACAGUCAGAAUUGGGGGGUAUACAAAAUAUUUUUUGAAGUAUAUAUAAUUUUAUGUAUGAGAUUGCAAUAUUUUUAUUUUUCAACUACACCAUUAGGGAUUGUUCUACUUUUAAAAAUUAAGUUGAAAUGAAGACAGUGAAGGCAUACCAUAAGCAUUGUCUAAAUUAUGCUAUAAUGCUAUAUUUUUAAAGCUGCAAUUUAUCCCAUAAGGCCAUUUUUAGCUCUACUGGUCAGAAACCAGAAUAGCUUAUGCGAUAGUAAGGUGCAUGUCUGUAGUCCAUCCAUCUGUCUUGCUGUCCAUCUGUCUGUCUUUAAACAAUUUUUCAAAACACUACUCCUCCCACAGUUUUGGUCUGAUUUCAAUAUAAUUUGGAACACAAGUAGAUUAAACUAAGAUACAUAAUUCUAUUUAUCAGUAUUUGAUUUUGACGAAUGGUGUUGCCAUGGUUACUAAAAAUGGAAAUUUCUGUGAAAUACUUUCAAAACCCUACUCCUCCUCAAUUUUGGUCUGAUUUCAAUACAACUUGACACACAAGUAGACUACACUAAGGUACUUAAUUGUCUCUCUCAUUUUUUUUUUAAUUUUGAUGAAUGAUGUUGCCAUGAUAACUAAAAAUAGAAAUUUCUGUAAAAUUCUUUUAAAAGGCUUUCCUCCUACAGUUGAGUCUGAUUGAAUUAAAUCUUGCCACAAAAAGAGACUAAAGCAAGGAUUAUUAUUCUAUUUAUUGCUGUUGCAAAGUUACAAGUCCAAGUGCUACUUUUCUCUUGCUUUGUUAUAAGUACAAAGCAGUAGAGCUACAGUCUCGUCAGAGACUUCUGAUUUAAGAAUUAGCCUCUUGUUUGAUGUGUGAAAAAUAUUGGUGAUUAAUAAAUUGUGCUAUUUGUAUAUGUGAUAUUUCCUUGUAUCUUUAUAAAAAUAAGAUAUUCAUUAUUUUACCAGAGUACUUCAAAUAAUAAGUUCAAGACACUCAUGCUUUCAUUUUGCCAAUUGAAAGUUACUUUUUAUAUCCUGCAACAUAUAUUAAAUGCUUUGUAAUUAUUAACAAAAUUAAUAGCAUAUCCUAUAUUGUUUAUUUGUAGAAGAAAUAUUUUCUUUUCAUUCAAUCAGAGUAAAUUAAAUCUUUCUAAGAACAUUUUUCAUGUUUUACAUUAACAAUGCCAAGAUGAAUGUUUGAAGUUAAUGUGUUUGUUAAGAAUGUGCUUCAGAAGAGAUAUUAUAUCAUCUAAGCAGUGAAUUCCAGCUUGUCAGUAUUCUGUAUGAUGACACAAAACUUAUUUCCAAGUUCUGAGUGAAAGACAGAGAUAUUUUUUUCAAUGAGAGUAUAGUGAACUGUAUGAAUUUUUUUUUUUUAACCACAGAACUUGCAAAUGUAAAGCAGAAUGGUAUAAAAAAAAAAUGAAGAAUUUAAUAUGAAUUACUUUGUAAAUAAAAUAUUUGCUUUCUAGAA